GAGAAAAUGGAAGAUUCGGACACGAAUCACGUGAUAUGGAACACCAACUUCACCAAAGACUACGCCUCUUACAUCGACUUGUUUACGCACGACAACGCCUCUAUCGACGCAAUCCUAAACGACAGUCGGUUGUCGAACUCCUCGGAGGCGAUGGAGGGCGGGAACGCGACGGUCUACACACCGUACGCCGAGCGCCCGGAGACCUACCUCGUGCCCCUCGUCUUCGCUGUCAUCUUCGUCACCGGCGUGGUGGGGAACGGCGCCCUCAUCUUCAUGUUCCUCAAACACCCGAAGCUCAGGAGUACACCCAACACCCACCUGGUGUCACUGGCGGCGGGAGACCUACUGAUGGUGUUGCUGACCGUGCCCUUCACGUCCCUCGUCUACACCCUCGAAUCUUACCCGUUCGGGGAGGCAGUGUGUCGCGCCUCCGAGUUUGCCAAGGACCUUAGCCUCGGCAUCACCGUCUUCACCCUCACGGCUCUCAGCGCCGACCGAUACAUGGCCAUCGUCCGCCCCGUGUCGCACCAUGUGUCCGACUCCGCCGGACGCCUCACCAUCACCGUGGCCGUCGGGAUCUGGAUAAUAUCGGCUCUCUUGGCGAUACCCGCAGCCGUCUUCUCCAGUACCCCGAUGUUAUCCACACCUACAGGCAAAAAGUACUACAUCUGUACACCAUUUCCGAACUACUUGGGGACUCUUUACCCAAGAAUCCACGCCUUGGUGAAGGUGAUUGUGUACUACGUCUUCCCUCUGGUUCUCAUCGCCUCGUUCUAUGUGUUGAUGGCACGGCAUCUCUUCAUCUCAGCUCAACACCUGCCCGGGGAAGCGGCGGGGCAGCAGAGACAGGCUCAGGCACGCCGGAAAGUGGCCAAAAUGGUGCUGGCUUUUGUCAUCAUCUUCGCUAUCUGCUUCCUGCCUCUCAAUGUGUUUACUCUUUGGUGGCAUUUUGCCCCGAACUCCGAAGAGAGUUACGAUAUUCACUGGCACACGCUGCGAAUAGUUGGGUUUUGCCUGUCGUUCAUUAAUUCGUGUAUCAACCCUAUUGCUCUUUACUGCGUUAGCGGAACCUUCAGAAAAUACUUCAACAAACAUGUAUUCUGCUGGUGCCAGCGGCGAGGCGCCAGGGGCGACUGGGAUGGCGCUGACUCCUCUGGCACACGCAUGACCACGGCUAUCAGGACGGAGCAAGUCCCUCUCAAGACGGUGGGCACUGACAACGGGAGUCAGGCUCCUCACCACCGCCUCACACUCUCUAACACAACCGUCCUUACCAACCGGCAGCACCACAACCCGGCCUCCGUGGUGUGACGCUCCGACACCCGCCUGGCCUCUGGGGUCUGAUGCUCUGACGUACGUCUGAACUCUUGUGGUGUGACGCUGCGACAUCCGCCUGGCCUCUGGUGUGACGCUGCGACAUCCGCCUGGCCUCUGGUGUGACGCUGCGACAUCCGCCUGGCCUCUGGUGUGACGCUGCGACAUCCGCCUGGCCUCUGGUGUGACGUUGUGACGUACAUCUGGCCUCAGUGGGGUGAGGCUCUGACGUACGUCUGACCUCUGUGGUGUGACGUUGCGACAUCCGCCUGGCCUCUGGUGUGACGCUCUGACGUACGUCUGAUCUCCAUAGUGUGACGCUCUGUCACCAAACUGGCCUCCCUCUGAGGCUCUGGCUGAAGCGUCGAGUCGUCUCUUUACAGCAACAAACAUAAAACAAAAAACUCCUUUCCAGAACACAGUUACUCAGCUCGGAGUGAUUUUUCCUCUCGUCUUCAGUGUGUAUCUCAACGCUGUCCCUCUCAUCUGGGCUGAGUAACAGUCUUAAGGGUUUAGGAGCUCCUGUACUCAUGUAGCUGUGGGUAGAAAGGUGGCAAAGUGAUGUUUAUGUCUGCUAUAAAGCUUGUUCCUUGAACCCAUGGAACAUACGCAGUGGCAUUACAAUCUUUCCUCUCUGAAUGCGCUCUCCAGUCAGACUGGUGAUAUAUUCCUCGUUGUUCUUGUGACUUCAAUUCCAUGAGCACCCUGCACGGUCUGUUCUACUCACGGUCGCUCUCGCACGCAGUACUGGCGUCAGGAACUUGCGAGCAAGUCCAACACUGUCCUCAAAACAGCCAUCGUACGGGAAAGUCAUUAUUGUCGUACGGCUUCACCUUGCGCACACACACUCUCUUAGUCUAUAAACUCUGUUGACUGAAUGAGUAAUUAGAACAGAUCUUUUCCAAUGCGUAAGAUAGGAAGUGUCUAUGUGCUUUUGUGUGCAACUGUGCUAGUAUAUAUUAAUGUAAAUCACUGUUGAUUCACAAGUACAUUACAUUGUUUCCCACUGUUUGUAAAAAUAAAUGAAAUCAGAAGACAACAUGAUGCAACUUUGCGUUAAAUGAAAACACGUUAUUUGAUCUUCCAUCAGAUUUCUACAACUCUUGGCAGCGCCUAAAACAGACAGAGAGACAGACAGACAGUCGGGGAGCAUUGUGCCAGCUGUGAGCGAGGACAGGGGACCCGCUGAAGCCCUUGGCUCCGCCCACAUACACGCUCCAGGAUCUAAUCAUUCUGCUGAAUAGCUAUCAAAGCGGCAUUUGAUUUGCUGGUGGUGGAUGCCAGCAGUGUGGAAUACUGAUGGUCGAUGGGACCACACACAUACGUCAUUCAUCAACGCCAAAACCCGAUCUGUCGCUUUUAAAAACCUAUUGUAAUGCAGCCUAAUAUAAUAAUAUAUAGAGUAUUAAUGUGUAAAUAAAAAAAAUAACCCUUUAUGAGAACAUUUAUGAUACAUCUGUAUUAUGUAUAAAGCUUAUGUCUUUGUCCGUACAUGAGGGGAAUACUAUAGACGUGAUUACAGUAUAUUAAGAUAUCUGCCUGUAACUGUAUAAUAUAUUUUGUACUGCUGCUUGUUCUGUAAAACAGUAGGUGUGUUAAAGAUAAUUUAACGUAUGUUUGAGGCUCCUGUUGGCAUCUUUAUAUACUUUAAGAUAAUUCAUUAACAAUGACAUGUUUCGAAUUUUUCUAAUUAAUUUUGUGUAUUUAUAAACGUCGUGUCUAUCAGGCAGAACCGCACUGCUAGGCCUGGUAAACAAGGCCCUAACAGGCAGCGCGAUUCUGCAUAUUUUAAUAUAUUUCUUCCCAUAUUAGUUCACCAAUAGCAAUAUUAAUAUACUGAGAACAUGCAUUAUACUUAGGUUAGGUUAGGCUAGGUUAGGUUAGGCUAGGUUAGGCUAGGUUAGGUUAGGUUAGGUUAGGUU